AUGAGUGACAGUGGUAGUAGUCGGGAAGAAGAACAAACAUCUUCAACUCCAAUAGCCGGAAAAAUAUAUUUUCUUCGAUAUAAAGCUGAACAAGCUUUUGGUGUAGAGGAAAACACAGCGUCAUCGUCUCUUCCUUCAUCGUCAUCAAAAAAUUCGUCGAACAAAUCAGGAAAGAGAAAGAGAAAACGUAAAAAGAAAAAACAUCAGCCAGCAUUAGUCUUAUACAUUGAUGUUACUAGUGGACUACAUGGAAGCAUACCAUCGAACAGUGAUCCAGUGGAGAAGAUCUUUCUUCCACAACUAAGUCGUCAAGAAGUUAUACACCAUCUAUUACCAAUACACCUAACGAAUAUCUUAAACAACAACAGACGUAGCGUGAUGCUCACACGAUCAACCACUCCGUCAAAAUAUUUUAGUCCAAAAACAAAUUAUUGUGUCAUCAUGAAGAUAAUAAAGCGUCCACUGACCGAUCCUUUUCCAGAAUCAAUUAAAGAAUAUUUUGACCAAAGCGAAUUAGAGUACAUGAACCAUGUAUUAUACCAAAUUGAUCUUGAAAAACACAAUGCUAUUUUACAAUUAGAGAAAAACCGACGAUUGAAGUUAAUUAAUCGAACAACUCAACUUCCACCAAUAAACGAACCUGAUGAUGAUCAAGAAUCGAGUAGCAUCUUACGGGAAGGCAGAUUUAACGGAAUUAGUCCAAAUGUUACUUUAAACGAAAGCAAAUUUUUGUAUAUUAACGAAUGCCCAGGUCGAUCAUUCCGGCGACUGGAUCCGUUGAAAUCUGAGUCGUUUCCGGUACAGCUCUUUUCGAUACCGGCACAGUUUUCGCCGAUUCUAGCAAGUUCCGGCAGGUUCCUUGCCGCCGGAAUUGCACAGGAAAUAUCCGAUCAGUUCCUGGCCGUUUCCAGCUCGAAGUUUGCAGGAAAAGCUCGGGAAAUGACUGGAACCUACGUUUGA